CGACUCACGUUACGUUCCACCUCCUCCUCCUCCUCCUCCUCCUCCGUCUGCGUUCGUCGUUUCAGAUUUCCGGUCGCGCAUCGCCACCCGCAGAUUGCCGUCGCUCUCGCCUGAUUCGGCUCGACUCGCCCCGUUCAAAUUGAUUAGGACUGGCUGUCGAAUUGCAGUUCUCUCGAUCACUACUUCGAGUACAAUGUCUAAGUAGCUUGAAAGCUUGUUUGGAAACAGUGACGUCCCGUUUACAGACUUAGCUCAGUUGGUUGUUUGCUCAUGGAAAAGGAAGUGCCUUCUAGCCUUUUCGUAAAUGAUGGUUCUUUCAUGGAGAGGUUCAAACAGCUUCAACAAGAAAAAGCAAAGGAUACAUGUGCCCCAUCAGAAGAUUCCAAACAGAGUUCAAUUGGAUCGAGAUCUUCGAACCCUAGUGCUACCAAAACACAUUUGGAUAGCAAGGCUAAUAAUUCUGGAAAGUCCAGUCAGUCUUUAUCCGGUGGUAAACUUGCAUUCAGCUUGAAACAGAAGUCAAAGCUUGUUGCACCUCCAGUUAAGUUAGCUGCAGAUGAGGAUGAAGAUGAUGCCGAUGCUAGGAGUAAUUUGCGUGACGCGUCAGUUAAACGGCAGAAAUUAAUCAAACAAGAAGCCUAUGAGAAAUCAUCAGGACAUGAUGAUGUUGCACCACCUUCCCCAAGCGAUCCUACAGUAAAGAAAGUUGCGGACAAAUUAGCCAGCUUUGUGGCCAAAAAUGGAAGGCAUCUUGAAGAUAUGUCUCGCCAGAAAAAUCCUGGGGAUACUCCAUUCAAGUUUUUAUUUGACAAAACCUGUGCUGAUUACAAGUAUUAUGAAUACCGGCUUGCUCAGGAGGAAAAAGCCCUUUCUUUACAGAGCAAGGAACCCCAGAAAUCUUUCGCGGGUGGAGCAGGUGCACCAGAGUCAAGGUCUAAUACUGGCUCCCAAGGGAUACUCAACAGCCAGGCCCACCACUCAAAUUACCAAACUCCUGCGUCAGCAUUGUACGAAGCUACAGAUAAUUCUGGAGUUGCUUCGGAUAGGAAUGGCGAGUCAGGUUCUACAGCAAGUGCAGAUCCUGUAGCAAUGAUGGAAUUUUACAUGAAAAAGGCUGCCCAGGAGGAGAGGAGGAGACAACCUAGACAAUCGAAAGACGAAAUGCCUCCACCUCCUUCUCUUCAAGGUCCCUCCAAGAAAGGUCAUCACAUGGGCGAUUUCAUUCCUCCAGAAGAACUUGAAAGGUUUUUGGCUUCAUGUAAUGAUGCCUCUGCCCAAAGGACUGCUAGAGAGGCUGCCGAAAGGGCCAGGAUUCAGGCUGAUAAUGUUGGCCAUAAGCUUCUGUCAAAAAUGGGGUGGAAAGAAGGUGAGGGUCUUGGAAGCUCUAGAAGUGGUAUUGCUGAUCCAAUCAUGGCUGGUGAAGUGAAGAAAAACAACUUGGGUGUUGGUGCUCAUAAUCCUGGAGAGGUGAAGCCAGAAGAUGAUAUAUAUGAGCAGUAUAAAAAGAGAAUGAUGCUUGGAUAUCGUUAUCGACCGAACCCUUUGAAUAAUCCUCGAAAAGCGUACUACUGAACAAGUUCAGUCUUACCUCUUUGCGAAGACCGGUGGAUAUUAUUAGAAUUGUCCAGAGCUUUCAGGAGAAGGACGAAAGUUUCCUUGUGUCUAUUGUAUUCGUCUGGAUUUGCUCUAGUCGAUUUCUUGCUUAUGAAAAUCUUUUCUCUUUUGGCACAUAAUUCGGUGACCCUUGCUAUUUUCUUUUUCCUUUGUUAGGGUUGGUGGGGCGGUUUAGUGAAUUUGACAUUAGAAGUAAGAGUUUCGUUUUCUUUUUCCUUUGUUAGGGUUGGUGGGGUGGUUUGGUGAAUUUGACAUUAUUCUGUAAGAGUUUCGACGAUGCAACAUCGAACUUUCACUGGAGUUUCAGAGAUGAAUGUUCUAUUGGCAUCACUUUACCGGUUC